AUGAUUGACGGCUUAGGAGGUCGACUAUUUCGAACGUUUAAGCGACGCUCGAUUUUAGAGUCUAACAUUCAAAACGAGUUUCAAUUGUACGAUCCCACAGAUGUUAGCUUAAAUAUGGACUCAUAUUCAACUACUCCCGUUAACGGGAAAUUCAAUAUUUUUGGUAUUCCUCUUGUUGAUGCCACCAGAAUUAAUAAACUUGACUCUAUAGUUGAUCAAGUAGAGCCAUGGAACAUUAGCACAUUCACAUUUGACUUUGAAAGCCAUUUGCCAUUGACUAUUGUUAGAUGCAUUGAAUACAUCAACAAUUAUGGUUUACAUGAAGAAGGAUUAUACAGAAUGAGUGGGAGUACUCCUAAUGUUCAGAAGCUUCGCAAUGCUUUUGUUACUCAAGGGCCAUCUUACUGUAUUCCCAAAAAUACAGAUAUACAUGAUGUUACCACUCUGGUCAAAUCUUUUUUUCGUGAGCUUCCUGAAGAUCUUCUUCCAGUUACAAACCGACACACUUUUCUGGCCUAUUCACCUUCUGAAAUCCCUACAGAGUUUACUUUUUCUAAAGGAACUCUUUCCAACUACAGUUUAUUCACACCCGAAGAAGAAGACCUUAAUCCUAUCGUCAUUCCAACACAAAUUUUACAAGAAAUUCUUCAGGACUUACCGCCUCACAACUUUGCUAUGGUUCAUCUUAUAACAAACCAUUUACGACUAAUAGUGGAAAACUCUAAGUUUAACAAAAUGUCACUCUCUAACCUGUCCAUGAUUUUAUGUCGUACCCUGCGUAUACAUAAGUCUGUGUUUCAUGCCUUAAUUAUAAAGGGCCCUUCCAUUUGGGUCGACUUGCAUCCUAAUAGUUCACCCUUAUCCACUCGUCUACUCAAGUAUAACACCAGUAGAAUCCUUGAAUACUCUGAUGGCCAAAGCCUUAAUGACUUAGACUCUGCACCGCUUUCAAAACAAGAUAAUAACACAUCAGUCUCUCUUGCAUCUUUAAAUUUGGACUACAAUCCAGACUAUUACACAUCUUCUUCAAAGCAAAGCACUAUGUUUGAAAGAAACAAGUCUUUUAAUGGAAACGUUUACAUUUACAAUUCAAAAUCAUACGCACACUCUCAUACCAGCAUAAAUAUCAAACAUGAGAGAAAAUCUUCCAUAUUUGAAGACGAUAACUUUGAUCGUUCUUCUUGCAGUUCGUUUGAGUCUAUGAAUACAUUGUCUCAGCAUCAGUCGUCGUAUUCAACAAAUACUACACCAUCUGUUUCUUCUUAUUACUUUUCUGAUUUUUCAAAGUCUUUUGAGUUUAAAAGAUUUCAACGACGACCAGAUUCGAGUGACUUUUCAGUUCCUGGCGAAUUCAAGCUAAGUCACAAAAACUCAAUUAAUAGCCAAGGCCGGCAAAAAAAUAGAGAAUUUUUAUCUACUUAUUCUGAUAAAGAUUUGGCGCCAUCAGUUAUUUCAUAUCAAGGGUAUUGA